CUGGUCACAGCAGUCCGGAGGCGGUGCGUGGGGCAGCCUGGGCCAGCCCACGCCCUUCAUCAGUCCCAGGAAGCUUGGAAAUCAGUCUGUGCGGUGCCAGGGAGUCUCUGCUGCCCAGCGCCUCGGACCCCUGACCUCUACCCUCCCUGAGCCCAGGAGGCACCAUGUGGAGAUGUCCACAGGGGCUGCUGCUGUUGCUGCUGUUGGCUGCUGAGUUGGCCCUGGGUGUCCGGCGGGGUCGUGGGCGCCGGGAGCUAGCACCAGCUCUGCACCUGCGGGGUAUCCGGGAUGCAGGCGGACGGUACUGCCAGGAGCAGGACCUGUGCUGCCGAGGCCGCGCUGACCACUGCGCCCUGCCCUACCUGGGCACUACCUGUUACUGUGACCUCUUCUGCAACCGGACCAUCUCCGACUGCUGCCCGGACUUCUGGGACUUCUGCCUCGGCGUGCCACCCCCUUUCCCCCCCAGCCAAGGAUGUAUGCAUGAGGGUCGCAUCUAUCCAGUCUUGGGAACCUACUGGGACAACUGUAACCGUUGCACCUGCCAUGAGAAUGGACAGUGGGCGUGUGAUCAGGAGCCCUGCCUGGUGGACCAAGACAUGAUCAACGCCAUCAACCAGGGCAACUAUGGGUGGCGGGCUGGGAACCACAGUGCCUUCUGGGGCAUGACCCUGGAUGAAGGCAUCCGUUAUCGCCUGGGCACCAUCCGCCCAUCUUCCUCCGUUACCAGCAUGAAUGAGAUUCACACAGUGCUGGUCCCAGGGGAGGUGCUGCCCACAGCCUUUGAGGCCUCUGAGAAGUGGCCCAACCUCAUCCACGAGCCCCUUGACCAGGGCAACUGUGCCGGCUCCUGGGCCUUCUCCACGGCAGCGGUGGCAUCCGAUCGCGUCUCAAUCCAUUCUCUGGGGCACAUGACACCUGUCCUGUCACCCCAGAACCUGCUGUCCUGUGACAAGCACAACCAGCAGGGCUGCCGCGGUGGGCAUCUCGAUGGCGCCUGGUGGUUCCUGCGACGUCGAGGGGUUGUGUCUGACCGCUGCUACCCAUUCUCGAGCCAGGAAAAGAAUGAGGCUGGCCCUGCUCCCCGCUGCAUGAUGCACAGCAGGGCCACCGGGCGGGGCAAGCGUCAGGCCACUGCCCACUGCCCCAGCCACCAGGUCCAUGCCAACGACAUCUACCAGGUCACUCCUGCCUACCGCCUGGGCUCCAGUGAGAAGGAGAUCAUGAAGGAGCUAAUAGAGAAUGGCCCUGUCCAAGCCCUCAUGGAGGUGCACGAGGACUUCUUCCUGUACCAGGGCGGCAUCUACAGACACACGCCAGUGAGCCUUCAGAGGCCAGAGCAGUACCGCCGGCACGGGACCCACUCGGUCAAGAUCACAGGGUGGGGAGAGGAGUCGCUACCUGAUGGAAGGACGCUCAAGUACUGGACCGCCGCCAACUCCUGGGGCCCAGCCUGGGGUGAGAGGGGACACUUCCGCAUCGUGCGUGGAGCCAACGAGUGCGACAUUGAGAGCUUCGUGCUAGCUGUCUGGGGCCGUGUGGGCAUGGAGGACAUGGGUCACCGCUGAGGCAACGGGCUCCAUACCCGACCAGCCGCAGAAGAGCCCCUGUGGAGUGGUGCCCCCAGCUCCACCCGCCUGCCCUACGGAUCGAUGGGUCAUGUCCGGACACAGGCAGGCGCCAGGGGACUAAUCCUCGCAGGUUCUGCUGACGCAGCGCCCGCCUGGGAGCUGCGGGCAGACGAGGCUGGUGGAACCCCCAGACUUCCCAGCGGGUACAGGACAGAGCCUGAUCUGGGAGAAGCCAGCCUGCAGACCCCAGGUCCCCAGCCCCCCCACGCAAGACCACUGAAGCCAGGACACUACCAAGUCUC